AUGCCCGUACGUCCCAGCGCCCUCAUCCUCAUCAGCGGCUACCCCUCGGCGGGGAAAACAACCAGGGCGCUGCAACUGAAGGAACAUUUCGAGUCUACCAUUGCGAACGCAAGCGCCGAUGCACGUGUCAGUCGACUCAAAGUACACCUUAUCAACGACCAGACCCUCGGGGUAUCUCGAAACGUCUACCACACAGCCAAAGCCGAGAAAGAUGCGCGCGCGGAGGAAUAUUCAGCCGUGAAGAGAGUGCUGUCGCGCGAUGACAUCGUCAUCGCCGAUGGCAUGAACUACAUCAAGGGCUUCCGGUACCAACUGUACUGUGAAGCCAAGGCGCUGCAGACCCCCAGCUGCGUGGUCAGGACGCCGCCCGAUCGAUGUCGCGAAAACAACAAGAAGCUGCUGGCCGACAAGGACACGGAUGGAGGGUAUGACGAGGAAGACUUCGAGAACCUCAUCUUCAGGUAUGAGGAGCCCAAUGGCAUGACGAGGUGGGACAGUCCGCUGUUCAUCGUGGUCGAAGAAGAUGCCACGCCGCCAUGUGAGCAGAUAUGGGAAGCCAUGGUCGGCAGCGAUGGCAAGAUGAAGACGGUGAAGCCGAAUAUGGCGACAGUGUUGAAACCCGCGACCGAGCAAAACUACCUCUACGAACUCGACAAGACGACGUCCGACAUCCUCGCGCAAAUCAUGACCUACCAAAAAGAUCACGAGGGAGAAGGAGGAGGCGACAUCACAGUCCCAGACGUCAAGACGCCCAUCGAGCUCCCAGCCACACCCAUGACGCUGCCCCAAUUGCAGCGCAUACGCCGCCAAUUCAUCGCCAUGAACCGCCAACACAGCCUCUCCAAGGCACGGGUCAAGGAGGUCUUCGUCGACUACCUCAACUCGGAGUUCCUACGCUAG